UAGAAGCAGCGUGCAACUGAUAUCAACUAAAUUCAGCCUGGCUUUGAAAGAGAUCAAUACUUAUUUUAGCUGGUUUUCGAAGCAUUCUUUGAACGCAGAGACUGAUACUUGUUUUACAUUAGCUGGUUCUCGAAGUAUUUUUUCUGAACGCAUAUAAAGGAGAUCGCUUGUAAUGAACAACUUUUUCGAUCGAUUCAAACCCAAAAGCAAGGACAAGUCCUCGAAAGGUAGAGGAAAUCCAUUGGCAAGUCUGGGUUUGGGAGGCCCCAAAACGUUUGGAGGGAAAGGACAGAGUCUGGGCGGAAACCUUCCCGGAGAAAUUAUAUCGAUUGAACUCUCGGAGCACGGUCCGCUCGGUCUCCAAGUGGAGAAACGUUCCAACACACAAAAGACAGCUAUUGUCGCCAUGGUAGUAGAGGGAUCGCAAGCCGAAAAGGCAGGGCUCCAAAGGGGUGAUAUUUUGUGUUUUCAAGGGUCCGAAGGCAUGGAAGAAAUUCUCUACGACAUGUUUCUGGAACUGGCCAAGUCGAAUCAAAGACCUCUUUGCUUUGAGGUACGCCGUGUGAGUACUAGGCAGGUAGCCUCCACCUCCACCUCAAAAUCCAAAAGCUCCGCCGACUCCUACGCGCGUAAACAGGCUGUCAUUGCCGCGGCUGAAACCCGCGAGAAGGCUGCCAAGCAAAAAUACAAACCCAUUCCCAAAACAAAAAACCUCCCCACUUUGCUGUCGGCGGCUGAACGACAGCAAAUAGAAGAGGAUCGUCUCGCUCGGGCCGCUGCUCAUCAUCUGGGAGACGCACCGCAGACGGAAGCUGCCAAAGCGGCAGCAGCAGCUGCGAAGGAAGAAGAAAGAAAAUUGGCCGUAACGCUUGGGUACAAUCCCUACGAACCCAAUCGGACCACUGCAGGUCAAGCCCGCCACGCCACGGUAGCGACUAAACACGGAAGCAUCAAGUCGUCUUCUCAGGAAAAUGGCAUUCCAUCCGUUGCACCUCCGAAAGAUGCGGUUAUGCCCGAAGUGGAUGAUACUGAUGCAUGCAGCGACGAGUUCGAGGCUGCGUUUGAACUGACAGUGACCACGAACUCACACGAUAUAAUUGUCAAUAGUUUUGGGAUCCUACGCAAACUCAUGAUUAACGCAACGACCAAAGGACAACAAGAAGGUGAAGAAUCCGCGAAAUUUCUACGCGUUCGGCUCGGAAAUCCAAAAAUUAAAGCGACUGUUCUGGACGUUGAAGGUGCACUCGAUUUGAUGCGCACAGUCGGCUUUGAAUGGCUAGAAGAAGGAGGGGAUUCCUUCUUGGUCUUUCCAAAAGGAUGCCAAGGACCUUUAUGGCUACCCUCGGCUCUGCGCAAGAUGGAACGUUACGAAUCUUCAUAA